AUGGCUGCCGCAGACGAUGAUUCAUCCGAUCUCUCGUCUCUCUCGUCCCUGUCGCCUGUUCCCUCCGAUGCCGAGCUGGACGACCUCAGUGACGCGCCGACCGGAGCCAAGUCGGGGAUCCUAAAGUUCUUCUCCAAGCUAUCAGAGCAGCCGCCAAAGGAGCCCUCGCCGCCGCCGCGCAAGCGAUCGCCCUCACCACCUCACGAAUAUGUCCUGGCCGACAACCCAGAUAUAGCAUUUCUGGUCAUGUUUCGAAGCCGCUUCAGCGACGCAUUUCCCAAAUCCCUCGCCCACUUCGGCCCGCAAGAACUGGAACGAGACGUUGUCGAGCCCAUCCCCGGCGAUCGAGUCGAACAUUUCCUAUGCGCCGUCCUCGGGCUCCUCCUAAACCGGAAGCAGGAUGUCAAACCAGGUCACUACAAUAGGGCGUUGGAAGACGCUAUCGCAUCUCACAAGAACCAAUGGCCCCCUUCAUGGGAGGACAAGAGCCCGCUGUCUGGUGGCGCAACCUUUGGCUCCCUGAACCCUACCCAAAGACUGAAUCUUUUGCGUUACCUCGUUCUCUGGGCCAUGUCCUCGUCCGAAACCCUCAAGGGCCUGAUCAACCAGUCGUACAAACAAAAUCGCCACGAAGACGACAUUAACCAACCGCGUGCAGUUCAGCCAUGGGGAUCCGAUGGAGACAAGCGCCGGUACUUUUUGGUCGAGGGGCAAGAUGAUACUGCUUUUCGCGUGUAUCGCGAGAGCAAUCCUGCUGGCACCAACCGCACGUGGUGGAGCGUUGCCGGGAGCAUUGACGAGCUCAAGGCUUUGGCUGAGAAGCUCGAGACCAAGGACGGAGGCCCCAAGGCCAAGAAGCUCAGCCAUAAGAUUCUCUCAGCCAUCCCGCGAUUCGAAGCAGGAGAAGAGAAACGAAAGCGACGAGAGUAUCGACAGAUGCGCAAAGAGCAAUUCAAGCGCCCAGAGCCUGGAUUCUCAUUAUACGAAGGCCGUACUCGCGGCAAGCGGAUGAAGUACACGUACUCCGACGACGAAGACAUGUUCUCGGAUUCCACUGGCUAUAGGCGCUCAGCUCGCAAUACCGGAACCACCACGCCAGCGGAGACCGCGCCUGUCACUACAUCGAGCGGUCGCACUGUUCGAGCUCCUCCCCGGCUCAAUGUAACCACAGGGGAAGACCUCCCAAAUGAUACCCAAGGAGAGACCGGUGAGGCUGCUACAGAGAACCCUUCUGGCCGGCCGCGUAGAGCGGCAGCGGGGAAUGCUGGAGCGAAUGGCUCUCCGAACACAGACGAUGAGGAAAGCGAGGCCGAGUUUGGGGACGAUGAGGAGGAUGUCGAGGCUCAGAUCCCAGAAGAGUCGGAGGACGAAGACGAGUUCAAAGAUGAAGCCAUGGAUGAGGACGACUUGGAGGUGGCGCCUCAAACACUGGUUGUGAAGCUCUCGGUGACUCCCCCGAAGCUGAAGGGAGUCCUUACCCCGAGUGAGCAAGCGGCGAACCUGCUUCCCGCCAGCAAGGAAGAGAACUCGAAGGAUGCACCGACCGGCCCACCAGAUACGCCUACACCCAAGCAGCAACCCUUUGACGCGGCGACGACUGUACCUCCGCCCAGCGUGAAGACUUCUGAGAGGCCUACUACGCCGCAACCUACUGAACAACAAGCCGGAGACCAGUCGACUGUGCCCUCUGUCGCGCCGGCAACUUCUUUGGCAUUUAGAGGAAGCCCUGAAAAGCAACCGGCGCAAUUGGCACCUGAGACUGUCAAGAUCAUAAGCCAGGAAUAA